AUGGUUGUAACGAAAAUCCAAUCAGAGAUCCUAAGGUUCCAAUACGGGUACAGCGCAACCAACCUCCACGACAGUGUCUGGGGCAACGGCAACUGGAGCAACAGGAACUGGAGCAACAGGAACUGGAGCAACAGGAACUGGAGCAACGGGAACUGGAGCAACAGGAACUGGAGCAACGGUAACUGGAGCAACGGCGACUGGAGCAACAGGAACUGGAGCAACCGGAACCGGAGCAACACCAACUGGAGCAACCGGAACUGGAGCAACAGGAACUGGAGCAACGGCAACUGGAGCAACCGGAACUGGGGCAACUGCAACUGGAGCAACGACUGUAUCAGGAGCCACAACAGUAUCGGGAGCCACAACCGCAUCAGGAGCAACAGCCGCAUCAGGAGCCACAACAGCAUCAGGAGCCACAACAGCGUCAGGAGCCACAACUGCAUCGGGAGCCACGACAGCAUCGGGAGCCACAACAGCAUCAGGAGCCACAACAGCGUCAGGAGCCACAACAGCAUCAGGAGCCAUGACAGCGUCAGGAGCCACAACAGCAUCAGGAGCCACGACAGCGUCAGGAGCCACAACAGCAUCGGGAGCCACAACAGCAUCAGGAGCCACGACAGUGUCAGGAGCCACAACAGCAUCAGGAGCCACAACAGCAUCAGGAGCCACAACAGCAUCAGGAGCCACAACAGCGUCAGGAGCCACAACAGCAUCGGGAGCCACAACAGCAUCGGGAGCCACGACAGCGUCAGGAGCCACAACAGCAUCAGGAGCCACAACAGCAUCGGGAGCCACAACAGCAUCGGGAGCCACGACAGCGUCAGGAGCCACAACAGCAUCGGGAGCCACGACAGCAUCGGGAACCACGACAGCGUCAGGAGCCACAACAGCAUCGGGAGCCACAACAGCAUCGGGAGCCACAACAGCAUCGGGAGCCACAACAGCAUCAGGAGCCACAACAGCAUCAGGAGCCACAACAGCAUCGGGAGCCACGACAGCAUCGGGAGCCACAACAGCAUCUGGAGCCACAACAGCAUCGGGAGCCACGACAGCAUCAGGAGCCACAACAGAAUCAGGAGCCACCACCACAACUGCAGCUACAACCACAACAGGAACUACAAGCACGACAGGAACUACAAGCACGACAGGAACUACAAGUACAACAGGAACUACAAGUACAACAGGAACUACAAGCACCACAGGAACUACAAGCACGACAGGAACUACAAGUACAACAGGAACUACAAGCACGACAGGAACUACAAGUACAACAGGAACUACAAGUACAACAGGAACUACAAGCACCACAGGAACAACAAGCACGACAGGAACUACAAGCACGACGGGAACUACAAGUACAACAGGAACUACAAGCACCACAGGAACUACAAGUACAACAGGAACUACAAGCACCACAGGAACUACAAGCACCACAGGAACUACAAGCACCACAGGAACUACAAGCACAACAGGAACUACAAGUACAACAGGAACUACAAGCACGACAGGAACUACAAGCACCACAGGAACUACAAGCACCACAGGAACUACAAGCACCACAGGAACUACAAGUACAACAGGAACUACAAGCACAACAGGAACUACAAGCACCACAGGAACUACAAGCACCACAGGAACUACAAGUACAACAGGAACUACAAGCACCACAGGAACUACAAGCACCACAGGAACUACAAGCACGACGGGAACUACAAGUACAACAGGAACUACAAGCACGACAGGGCCAUAACAGGAACACACACACACACACACACACACACACACACAGGAAUGUUUCUCCUACUUUUGUGGGUGUGUACUACAUGACGGAAAAGGAUUUGAACAGUGGACGUACCUUUUGUUUCAAGACAAGUAUACUAAUUGGCAUAUGCUAUUCGGUUCAAACCAUUGAGUAAAGUUUGUUUUUAACUCUUUUGUGUUAGUAAAUAUAAUUCAGAUGCAUUUAAAA